AUGUUUUGAAAAGGUUGAAAAAUAACAACAACACGACGCAAUGAGUGUCUUAAAAACAGCAGCAACCCAGGUGUGGAAAAAGUCAUUAUUAAACCAAUUUAAUGUAACGAACCUUAGGGUUACAGACACACCUUUUUGGACAGCAAAGUUUACCAUACCUGGUCUGUCUCAUGAAAGUUUUGAUAGAGAUGGCAACCCAAAAUUGACCAGUCUGAUGUUGACCUCUGUCAUAUCCAGAUCGCACGUCAUGAACAGACCCUACAACAAUGCUGGACACGUUUUUCUCGACUGGCCAACCAUUACAAAAAACAACUUCACCUUUGUGUCCUCCACUCAGUUCACAAUGUCAAGGUGGUUGUACUCUCCGGAAGUUCUCAAACAGCCACUGGACGUUGAGUUUGUCAUGGGCUAUGUUAGAAAUUCCUCAAUGGGAAGCGUGUCACAUUUCUAUAACGCUGGUAAAACCAUAGAAGAACCUUUAUGGUCACAGAUGAAUCAGCUGGUGUACAUUGACAGAGAAACAAGGAAACCCACAGCACUGCCUGAUUGGUAUAAGAAUAAAUAUAAAGACAAGGGGUGUAUGGAGAAACCUGUGUUCUUCAACCCAAUGGAUCGUCCAUCCCCAACAUACAAACAAUCUGUUGUGGUGCAAUGGUCAGACACAGACAACUUCAACCACACAAAUUUUGCCAGCUACGUACACUGGGCCAUCAACGCCAUUCACCACGCUAUCAUGCUGCGAGACACAUAUUCAAACACUGCGACGCAGUCUAACAACACUGGUGCCACGUCAGUUGGCGCUUCACCAGUUACAUCAUUCAAUGCUACAGCUGCUGGUGCUAUUGCAGUCAUUGCCCUGCCUGGGAUAAGUAAAAACAUAAUCACAAAUGGGCUCAAGGAUGUACAGAUCCGUUACUUUAAGGAGAGUGUUGAAGGUCAAACGUUGGAUGUCCAUCUAUGGCAAAAACAACAUGAAGAUAAUAUUGUGUAUUCAUCUGUUGUAAGAGAUGGGGAAGAUUUAUGUCAAAUCAAACUAGAAUAUUUUCACUCUGUCAAGGAUUAAUCAGUUAGAUUUAUUUAAUAAAUUAUUAAUUAACAUACUGGAAACUAAACAUAUAAUUAAGUUUUAAAUAAUGUAACUUGUGUUUCUGUUAUUUAUUUAGUAUUGUUUAUUUUAAAAACAAUAAUAAUAUGUUCCUAACAAACAGUGGCUACUAUAAAUCUUUAGGUGUAUGCAACCAGUUUUUAAAAAAACAGCUGUUAAUUCCUUCUUAAGAGUUUUCUAAAAAAUAUAUUUAGAGUAAUAUAAAAUGUAAACACAAAUCUUUUUAAUAGUUUAGGCUAAUAUUAUAAGAAAAGACAGAAAUUAGCUAAUUUUUCCAUUAUCUUCCAUUAAUGGUGAUUUAAUAUUUUCUGUUGAUUUUCAGGUGAUUCUAAAAUUUCAUCAAAUUUUCAUUAAACCUUUUGUUCUUACCCAAAUAUUUUUAAUUAUUUAAAAAAAAAGAACAAAACCCAAAUGCAAUAUAUUUUGUUUUCCUGAGUAGUCAGUAUGUGCAGUUUAGUGAUGAUUAUCUAACUUUACAUGCAAUAAAACACCAUUGCACAGAAUAUAUGAAGAAGAUUAUGUAUGGACCCAUAUUAAGAAUAACUAAAAAAAUUACAUGACAUUUUAUUUCACCCAGAUCAUGAGUCAUACUAAUAAUUUCAUCAAAUCAAAAUGCAGAAUAACCAAACAUGAAUAUUCUUAAUGCCCAUUUCCUGUCUAUUCCAAUUUACAAAUGAGAAAAUGAUAGCUAUUUUGAGUAUUGACAAAACAGUU